CUCCGAUAGACAGAGGAGCAACGCAGCAAUGCAUUACUGGGUUCGAGCCUCACCGAGUGAUUUUGGUGGACCUCAUCCUCAACCUCGAAGUGGCCACACCGCAGUCAAUAUUGGGAAGUCAAAGAUCAUAGUGUUUGGUGGUCUUGUAGAUAAGAAAUUCCUCAAUGACAUCUCUGUAUAUGACAUCGAGAAUAAGCUAUGGUUUCAGCCUGAGUGCACUGGUAGUGGUUCAGAAGGGCAAACGGGGCCCAGUCCUCGAGCAUUUCAUAUUGCCAUUUCAAUCGAUUGUCAUAUGUUCGUUUUUGGUGGGAGACUUGGUACCAAGAGGUUGGGAGACUUUUGGGUCCUAGACACUGACAUAUGGCAAUGGUCGGAGCUUACCAGUUUCGGUGAUUUACCUUCGCCAAGAGAUUUUGCAGCUGCUUCAGCUAUUGGGAACCAUAAAAUAGUAAUGUAUGGAGGCUGGGAUGGUAAGAAGUGGUUGUCCGAUGUAUUUGUCUUGGAUACAAUCUCACUGGAGUGGACAGAGUUAGCAGUUACAGGAACAUUGCCACCACCACGGUGCGGCCAUACAGCCACUAUGGUUGAGAAGCGAUUGCUUGUAUAUGGUGGCAGAGGAGGCGGAGGACCAAUCAUGGGUGAUUUAUGGGCGUUGAAGGGUCUCAUUGAGGAAGAUAAUGAAGCUCCUGGAUGGACCCAACUGAAGCUCCCUGGCCAAGCUCCUUCUUCCCGCUGUGGCCAUACUGUUACUUCUGGAGGCCACUAUCUUCUCAUGUUCGGAGGCCAUGGAACUGGGGGUUGGUUGAGUCGCUACGAUGUUUAUUACAAUGACUGUGUUGUUUUAGACAGGGUGUCUGUGCAGUGGAGACGCCUUGCAACUAACAUUGAAGCUCCUUCUGCGCGUGCUUAUCACUCCAUGACAUGUAUUGGCUCACGUUAUCUGUUAUUUGGUGGCUUUGAUGGGAAAGUGACUUAUGGUGAUUUAUGGUGGUUAGUUCCAGAAGAUGAUCCUAUUUCAAAUCGAUUGUCUGCAUCUCCAUCAAAAGUAAUUCAUGAAAGUCAAGAUGCAUCCAUGGCUAAUGACUUCCGAUCCGAAACAAAGGAAAACCACGAGGAAGGAUCAGCCAUCUCCGAGCUACAAAAGAGAUUUGAUAUUUCUGUUUCAUUUUCUGGUCAUGGUCUUCAAAUUGUUCAUGAAUCUGAAGAUAAAGAAUUUCUUGAACUAGCAUCAAGAAUGAUUAGGAAUAGAACAUUUAGUAAUAAAGAGGCAGCUCAAGCACUCCGUGAGCAUUGGCGGAACUCGACCCCAAAAUCAAUACCUCUGAAGGAGAUCGGCCUGUUGCUGCGUGACUACCAACGCCUGAUUAGUCGUCAUCAUUUAGCGGAAUUUGGAUCUAAUUUACAGUCUGCCGAAUCUGGCUUCUCAGAGAAGGAUACUUAUCGGUUUUUUCACAUUACAAACGCUUCUCAGCUACGCAUGAGCGAUAUCCCGAAUCUGUUAACAGAGUACAAACAGCUUCCUCUGGAUUAAGGACAUUAAGGGAUCUGUAUAGAACAAUUUUCCAAAUUGCUUUAUAUACCAAUGAAGGCGGGCCCGACAUAAGUUCUUACCUUCUUCUGGCAGCUUUGUCCCAGUGAUCUCACCUCACGGUUAGCCACAUCUAUCUUCUUUCGUACUGUUGCUACUUCUUUCCUCAUUGGAUCCGUCAAAACUUCAAGCUCCUGAUAUGUUUUUAUAGACG